AAAUUUCAAUCUGUUCACUUCCUUUCUACUUUUUUUUUUCCCUCUGUUUUGUUGUUAUCAUAAAAAUCCUUGAACUACCUACAUGGCUAGCUUUGUUGCAGCCCCUGCUUGUCCCUUGGCCACCCUCCCCUCCUCAACCCCUAGAGUCAGUGCCUAUGCUGGCCAGCAAAAGAGCUUCUCAUUCAAUGGUAGUCCUUUGUUUUCUGGGCUAAAACAUGUCCCAAAAAUUCAGUUCUCAAAGGCAGCUAAGAUUUCAUCCACCAGGUCUAGAUGUUUCAGGACUACCAUUUCAUGCUCUGCCAAACCUGAGACUCUGCAAAUCGUCCAGGACACCAUUGCCAAGCAAUUGUCUAUUGAGGCAAGCACAGUGGCCCCUGAAACCAAGUUUGCUGACUUGGGUGCUGACUCCCUUGACACGGUGGAGAUAAUGAUGGCCUUGGAAGAACAAUUUGGGGUGUCAAUUGGAGAAGGGGGAGCUGAGAACAUUUCCACUGUUCAAGAUGCUGCAGAUCUAAUUGAGAAACUUCUGGCUGCAUCUGCUUAGAUCAGAAUGAUGACAGAAUGCAUGGAGGAUUUAAUUACUUGAUAAGUGCCAACAGAGAAAUCCUGCUGAAUUAUUCUGAAGCUGGCAACUUUUUUUUUUUCCUUCUUUUGGGUUUUGAGUUUCAAUUGACUAUAAUGAGUUUUUUUGUUUCUGUUCUUCAAGAAAAAACAGAAUCUAAUGCAAGAGUGGCUAAUC